CUACAGGAAGUGUUAUACUAACUGCGGUACAUUAUGGCUAUUUCUGGUGUUCAUCUUGAAUCUGAUGCAUACAUGGUAUGCAUGGCGCACGCUUUAUCAACAGAGCGAGAAGAGGUGAUGGGACUUUGUAUCGGCGAGGUUGAUAUGAACAAAAUGGUGCAAAUAGUGUCUGUUAUCAUGCUGACAAGGUCUGACAAACAACCUGAUCGUGUGGAAAUAUCACCUGAACAACUUUCAGCAGCUACUGUUGAGGCUGAGAGAUUAGCAGAACUUUUUGAGAGACCACUUCGUGUUGUUGGAUGGUACCAUUCUCAUCCACACAUUACUGUAUGGCCAUCGCAUGUAGAUGUAUUGACCCAGGCGAUGUAUCAACGCUACAUGGAUGAAGGAUUCAUUGGCCUUAUAUUUUCUUGUUUUAAUAAUGACAAGCAAACUAACCAUGGUCGAAUACAAGUCACAUGUUUCCAAGCAAUUAAUCAGAGUCCAGAAGGAGAACCACCAAUGUAUGAAAGAUUGGAAGUACCACUGUAUAUUAAUGCAAAAGAUAGUAUGUCUGGACCAUGUCUGGAUGCACUGGUAGAAUUACCAAGAAUAUUAACACAGGAAGAAUUACAUGCUUAUGACAAAACACUAGUUUCUGAGAAUAAAGAUCUAUUGACACAGAUACACAAUGGAGCAGUCUAUACUAAGUCACUGAGUCAUUUGAUGGAGGUACUGAGUGCACCAUUAUUACAAAGUCUGGAAAGUCGGCUGGAAAGGAAUAAAAUGAAAAUGGAAGCUUUAAAAAAAGAAAAAGAGGAACUCUUGAAAGAAUUACAAACAUCAUGA